CCUUUUAAGCUUCCAUGGUUCUCCAUUUCACUUCUUUUCCGGUUUCCUUUAUUUGGUAAUUCGAUUCUCUUUUAAUCCCAGUCCCAGGGAGGGGAGGGUACCAGAAUCAAAACCCUUCCUCCGUAUCACUGGAAGGGAAAGCUCUGAUCUUUCCUAAAUAUGUGGUGGUGUUCUGUAGGGCGAAAAAUCAGGGAUUUCUUUCCGACGGCUGGGGAUAUUUGAUCGAUUGCUUUGUGCUGAACCUCGUCAACUAAUUGAACUGAACAGAACAGAAACCAAUUCUUGGUUCUCGCCUGGGUCCGAUCUAUCUAACACUUAGAUCAAGAUCCGUAUUGUUAAUGAGCGUCAGAAUUGCGUAGGAGCUGCUGUUAUAUCGUUUUUAUUAUUGCUUGCUUUGUACGGGACUCGGAGAUCUCUCGAAGACAGCCUCUCCCCCUCCCCCCAGAUCGAAAGGCUUCAACCUUUUUUUUAUUAUUAUUAUUAUUAUCAGAGUUGACUGUAGAGCUCGCACUACGUUCUUGGAGUUUCUUUCAGAAUUGGAAGGCCUGAAAGUGGGUUUCUUGGUUCUUGGCCAAACUGACCAAAUUCUCCGAUGGCUAACUCCCCACAGCCCUCAGCUCGGUAUUCGGUUACCAUCACCCCCCCACACCAGGACACGCCUACACCUCACCCCGACACAAAGUUGAACCAACUGCCUCAUCCGUUUCCUUCUCAUGCAGGUUCUCGAUUGCCUCCUCCCCCAAUUCUACAAUCGGAUCAGAUUCCUUCCCCUUCCAUUAAGACAACCCCAACUUUGCUGUCACCAGCGAAUGGGAUGAGAACUGGCAGCCACAUUUCUCAUUUGAGCACUCCUCCUGGCCCUCCCGUGUUCUCUUCGCCACUCCAACCAGCUGCUGUUCCUUUUCGAACUUCUCCAGCCACUCCGCAGCCUGUUGCUUUUUCUUCUGGUUCCUCUUUGCCCACCUCCUCGCCUCCCCAGUUUUCAAACGGGUCCACGGAAUUUCAGCAUGGAGUUUCUGAUGCCGCAGAGCAGCCUGUACCUGUUGUGGAAUUGCCAUACGUUCUGUUCUCAGCUCACAAGGUAUUGAAGCAAAAGAAACUGGCAAAUGUACCUAGUUUGGGAUUUGGAGCACUAGUUUCUCCCGGGAGAGAGAUCUCCCCAGGUCCUCAAGUAAUACAACGUGAUCCCCAUCGCUGCCAAAAUUGUGGAGCUUAUGCAAACCUCUAUUGUAACAUCUUACCUGGAUCGGGCCAGUGGCAGUGCGUAAUUUGCCGAAAUCUGAAUGGAAGUGAAGGUGAAUAUAUAGCUUCCAGCAAAGAAGAGCUUCGUAAUUUCCCUGAACUGUCAUCUCCUUUGGUUGAUUAUGUCCAAACUGGGAGUAAGAGACCUGGAUUUAUUCCUGUAUCUGAUUCGAGAAUGUCAGCACCCAUUGUCCUUGUAAUAGAUGAGUGUUUGGAUGAACCACACCUCCAGCAUUUACAGAGUUCCUUGCAUGCUUUUGUGGAUUCACUGCCCCCAACAACAAGAAUUGGAAUUGUGUUGUAUAGUCGCACUGUAUCAGUAUAUGACUUCUCGGAGGAAUCAGUGGCAUCUGCUGAUGUACUACCUGGUAAGAAAUCACCGACACAGGAGUCCUUGAAGGCAUUGAUUUAUGGGACAGGCAUAUACUUGGCACCAAUUCAUGCUUCACUACCUGUGGCACACUCCAUAUUUUCAUCUUUGAGUGCUUACAAACAGAAUAUUCCUGAAGUUUCAAGAGACCGCUGCCUGGGUACAGCAGUGGAGGUUGCUCUGGCAAUAAUUAAAGGGCCAUCAGCUGAAAUCUCUCGGGGGGUGGUUAAAAGAACUGGAGGUAAUUGCAGAAUUAUUGUAUGUGCUGGAGGGCCAAAUACAUAUGGUCCAGGAUCUGUCCCUCAUUCUUUUAAUCAUCCAAACUAUCCCCAUAUGGAGAAAACAGCGCUGAAGUGGAUGGAAAAUCUGGGUCAUGAGGCUCAUCGACAUAAUACAGUGGUUGAUAUUCUUUGUGCUGGGACAUGCCCAGUUAGAGCUCCUGUUUUGCAACCUCUAGCAAAAGCUUCUGGUGGCGUUUUGAUUCUUCAUGAUGACUUUGGAGAGGCAUUCGGUGUGAACUUGCAGAGGGCAUCUACUAGGGCUGCAGGCUCACAUGGUUUGUUAGAAUUGCGAUGUUCUGAUAACAUUCUCAUUACACAGGUUAUAGGUCCUGGUGAGAAGGCACAUACAGACAGUCUUGAAACCUUUAAGAAUGAUACCUCUUUCUCCAUACAAAUGCUAAGUGUUGAAGAAACACAGAGUUUUUCAGUAUCAAUGGAAACCAAAGGAGAUAUCAAGAGUGAUUAUGUGUUUUUCCAGUUUGUGAUUCAAUAUUCAAAUGCCUACCAAGCUGAUAUCUCAAGAGUGAUUACUGUCAGAUUACCGACAGUAGAUAGUGUUUCGGCUUAUCUUGAGAGUGUUCAAGAUGAUGUGGCUGCCAUUCUAAUUGCUAAGAGGACUCUCUUGUGGGCCAAAACCUCUGGUGAUGCAAUUGAUAUGCGAGCAACAGUAGAUGAGAGGGUAAAAGAUAUUGCUUCUAAAUUUGGGUCUCAAAUGCCCAAGUCAAAGCUUUAUAGGUUCCCCAAGGAACUACCUUUAUUGCCAGAGCUCUUGUUCCAUCUUAGAAGGGGCCCAUUACUGGGAAGCAUCGUAGGCCAUGAAGAUGAGAGGUCUGUGUUGCGGUAUUUGUUUUUGAAUGCAUCCUUUGAUCUUUCUCUUCGUAUGGUUGCACCUCGUUGUCUAAUGCAUCGUGAAGGGGGAACGUUUGAGGAACUACCAGCUCAUGAUCUUGCCAUGCAAUCUGACGCAGCAGUUGUUCUUGACCAUGGUACAGAUGUCUUCAUUUGGUUGGGUGGUGAACUUGCUUCUCAGGAAGGAAAAAGUGCUGCAGCUUUAGCAGCUUGCAGAACAUUGGCUGAGGAGUUGACGGACAUGCGGUUCCCAGCCCCAAGGAUCCUGGCAUUCAAGGAGGGGAGCUCUCAGGCACGCUAUUUUGUUUCCCGGCUGAUACCAGCACACAGGGAUCCCCCAUAUGAGCAGGAGGCAAGAUUCCCACAGCUUCGGACAUUAACCACAGAACAGAGGACGAGGCUGAAAAGCAGUUUUAUUCACUUCGACGAUCCUAGCUUCUGUGAGUGGAUGCGUAGCUUGAAAGUGCUGCCACCCGAACCAAGCUAACCUCUUGAAUAUGUUGUGGCAAAAUGCAUGUAUUUACAUUUCUUCUUCCCCUUUUAAUUAAGUGAUCCGUCUAGGUAAGCAUAUAUUGAUAGGCAAAUGGACAAAUCUUGCUUAGCCUUUUUAUCUUUUUGUGUUCCUCUCCGAUCAUUUUACUUUUACUUACAAUUAUGCUGAGUUUAGCUCAAAUUCAAAAGCUUUUAUUCUGUCUCAUUUUGUUUCUGAUUUGAAACGUCAAGGCUGAGAAAUAAAGGUUUAUGCCUUUGUUGCAAUCA